UUCCUACCUCUACGGCGGCUCAGCCACCACAGCCUCUCUGCCCCCCCCCGCCUCUCGGCUGGGCGGCGGAGGUCGUGGUGGUGGAGAAGGAGGAGGAGGAGCAGCAGCUGCUGCUACUGUUGUCGUCGGGCCUCUUGUCCCUGCUUCGGCGUCCUCACCCACUCGCCUCCUGCACGUCCUUGCAGAGCAGAGCCCGCCUGGGAAAAGGACGGGUCUCGGCUGGCAGCCGCUGAGGCUGGAAAUGGCGGCUGGGACGAGCUGAAAGGGGAGAGCCGAGCCGAGCCAAGCUCGCCCUUCCCGAGUGUUUGUGCCCUUUCUCCUUCUGUCUCUGGCCGGGGUCGUCAUGAGGCUGCUCCGGGCGCUGCUCAGAAGCGUCUCCCCGGCCACGAUCCCUCAGCAGGUGGAUUUCUAUUGCCGCUUCUCCCCUUCCCCGCUUUCCAUGAAACAGUUCCUCGACUUCGGAUCUGAUAAUGCUUGUGAGAAAACUUCAUUUAUGUUUCUGCGACAAGAGUUGCCUGUAAGAUUGGCAAACAUAAUGAAAGAAAUAAGUCUGCUUCCAGACAACCUUCUCAAAACACCUUCAGUUCAGCUUGUCCAGAGUUGGUAUGUCCAAAGUCUUCAGGAGAUCCUCAAUUUUAAAGACAAAAGUGCUGAAGAUUCAGAAGCUAUUUCUCGUUUUACAGAUACUGUGAUAACAAUCCGGAAUCGUCACAAUGAUGUCAUUCCUACCAUGGCUCAGGGUGUGAUAGAAUAUAAGGAUAACUAUGGUGUCGAUCCAGUGACCAGUCAGAAUGUGCAGUAUUUUUUAGACCGUUUCUUCAUGAGUCGUAUUUCAAUCAGAAUGCUUCUUAAUCAGCACACUUUGUUGUUUGGAGGAAAAAUCAAAGUUAACCCAGCUCAUCCAAAGCAUAUUGGAAGCAUUGAUCCUAAGUGCAGCGUUGUUGAAGUUAUAAAAGAUGGCUACGAAAAUGCAAAAAGACUCUGUGACUUGUAUUACAUGAGCUGCCCAGAACUUGUUCUUGAUGAGAAGAAUGUAAAGUCACCAGGGCAGCCCAUGCAGGUGGUGUAUGUACCAUCACAUCUCUACUACAUGGUUUUUGAACUUUUCAAGAACGCAAUGAGGGCUACCUUGGAGCAUCACGCUGAGCGGGCAGUUUACCCUCCAAUUCAUGUACACGUCACUUUAGGCAAUGAGGAUUUAACUGUGAAGAUGUGUGAUCGUGGUGGUGGUGUUCCUUUGAGGAAAAUAGAUCGCCUGUUCAACUAUAUGUAUUCAACUGCACCCCGUCCCCGUCCUGAGACAUCCCGAGCAACACCACUGGCUGGCUUUGGUUAUGGCUUGCCAAUCUCCCGUCUCUAUGCUCAGUACUUCCAAGGGGAUCUGAAGCUCUAUUCUCUGGAGGGUUAUGGGACAGAUGCUGUUAUUUUCAUAAAGGCUUUAUCAACAGAGUCUGUUGAAAGAUUGCCUGUGUAUAACAAAUCAGCUUGGAGACAUUACACAGCAAAUCAUGAAGCAGAUGACUGGUGUGUCCCAAGUAGUGAGCCGAAGGACAUGACAACAUUCCGCAGCACAUAGCAGUAUGGGACAGUUUUGCUAAGCUGAAGAAAGGCCUUAGCCCUCCACUUUGUGUUCUGGCUUACUCCAACACUACUCUAAUACUUUGUAUGGGGGAAGCAUACUUUUCCACUAAACAGAAGUCAAAACCCACAUAUCUUUCUGUAGUGUAUUGUGCAGUGUUCAUUUAAAAAAGUGAAUAUACCACUAAAUUUGUUCAGAUCCUUGCCUCUCAAAUUGCUUCUGCAAUGUACACAUUCUAGAUUAGUUAUAAAGAGACCAGUGCACAGCUUGUUCAAAUAUUGCAUUUAACUGUCAAACAUUUCAAUGAAACAUUCAUGGAACUGGUUUAUUUCUUUAUAAACCAUCUCUGGGAAUCAGUUGCACUAGCACAGCACUUUGUUCUCAAGGACUCCAAAAGUGCUUUACAACGCGAGAGAUACUAGAUAAAAGAUUAUCAUGUUUUGUUUUACUAUUUCUUGGAAUCAAACAGUUCGUUACUCCUAGUGUUAGCUCUAGGCAAAUACCUCUUGAGCUUUAAAUUUUGCACAUGAUUCAGCUAAAUUUAAAAGUGGUUGAGUGUCAUUUAUUUUAAUAGGAAGUUAAGCACAUACCACUAAAAUCAAUGGUGCUUGAAAGCAUUGAACUUUGAGUGGAUCAUGGCCUAUAUUUUCCAUUCCUGGGAAGCUUGAAUUAAAAUCUCUAAAUUGUAGUAUUGCAUAAAAAUGCCAUUAAUUAGCAGAUUAAAAAUAAAUGAAUUUGAUUUUUAAAAUAAAUGUGCUUCUACUCAAAAUUGUGAGGCGUUUUGUAUUUAGACUUUUGUCUAUAAGCUACAAAUGAAAAAAAUAUAUAAGCACCAUGUGCCACUGAUUUCAGUUAGAGAGCACUAAAUAGGUCUUCAAUAGUGCAAUCCUAUACAUUCAGAAUUAAGUUCCAUUGAGUUCAGUGGGGCUUAUUCCUAGGUACAGGAUUGCAGCAGCCUUAAUCUCCUAUAAAAAUUAAUGAGAUUGAAAAAUGCAUAACUUUGGCUGAGUUGUGCUACCACUUCUUAGGUAAAUUGGUGUUAUUGAUAAAGCCUUAACUUCCUUGUAAUUGAAUACCACUAAUACUUGCACUAGUUCUGCAAAGUACAACAAACCUUAGGUUGUUAAACUGGUCAUUAUGUGCACUGUACUUUUGAAAUCUGAUUGCAAUGGAUUUGUUUCUUUGCAUACUUAUAGUAUUUCUGUUAAAACACUAGGAUGGGCUCACUUGCAUUUACAGCACAUCACUUCUCAAAAUUCUUUUCAGAGAUGAUAUUUUAUAUUGCUCUAGCCUUUUAAAUACUUUCAUACGUAUUUAACUUUCUGUUUAUGCUCUCCCCAUGUUCUUCCAUACAAAUUUGACCAACAAUCCAGGUAAGCUAAAGUAGUAGCAUUAAACCAAUUUCAUUCCACUGAAUUCAGUUGAAUUCUAGUAUAUUUGGUAAUACCUUAUUACAGCCAUGGUAAUUUUGGGAGCGCAAUCCUAAGUGUCUACUCAGAAGUAUGUUCUGGUAUGAUAAAUGGGAGUUACUCCUAGGAAAGUGGGUAAAGGAUUGCAGCAUUAGACUGCACAUAGUGGGACAUGCAUAAGAUUGCUCUGUUAGUGAAUUUAAUGGCAGAAUUAGAAAAAUUAUAGCUCACAGAAGGGUUUAUCUCAUAAGUUAUGCGUAUAUCAUAUAGAAUAGUUGUUAUUGAUUUAGUCAGUACAGGAGUACAUAAAAUUUGCAAUGAUUGUAAUAAAUCUAGAUCUUUAAUUAGGCUGAGGUACAUUUGUUACCAGAUGUGCAGAAGCCCACAGCCUUUCUGUGCUGCAUGAAUCUUCGGCUCUGUGAAUCUUUCUUGGUGCUGUACUUAAUAUCCAGCAAAUGUGACAUGCAGGGCCCGUUCGCACGUAACGGUGGCAACUCAUUGGGUUAAUUAUUCUUGAGAUAUGCCAUGUUGUGUGACAUGCAUGAACCGCUUCUAAUUUGGAUAUGCAGCUUCUAAUUAGACAAAUUUACGAUGCUUCGUGACAUGUGAGCACUAUGGCUUGUUUGUGGGUUAAACAACCCAAAGAUGAUGAUAAGAAGUAUUCCUCACUUGCAUCUCCCUCUGGAUUGAGGUAGGGAACAACAUCAAAUAUAAAAAUACUAUAAAAUAUAUAAAACUGAUUAAAACAUAUAAAACUAAUACAUUAUUAAAAUAACAUCAAGACAUUUUAAAAUUCGACUGGGUAGGCCUGCUGGAAGAGAUCAGUCUUUAUGGCUUCCUUAAAUUCCAGAAGACUGUUAAGUUGUCAAGUCUCUCCCACAGUCUGGGAGCGGCAGAAGAGAAAGUCCUCUGGAUAAUGGUUGUCAGCCUAGUUUUCACUGACUGAAGUAAAUUCUUCCCAGACGACCUGAGUACGUGGGGCGGAUUGUACGGGAGAAGGCGAUCCCGCAGGUAACCUGGACCCAAACCAUGUAGGGUUUUAAAGGUAAUAACCAACACUUUAUACUUGACCCAGAAACUAAUAAAUAACACACAAUUAGUUAUUUGUUAAUUUUGGCUUGUUGUGUCUGGGAUCACAAGUCAUGAAGCUUCCUAUGGUUGGGCUGAUGGGAAGUUGCAUAUUCAAAGCAGUAGUGGAUCACAAGUAGGAUAAAGGAUCUCUGCAACUCUUCUUUUUCUUUCAUUGCUCAUAAAUUGCUGUAACUGCCUUUAAUUCACAUCUUCAAUUAUUAUUGAAUUGCCCUGUCCAUAGUCCUCUGUUCAUACACACUUCCAGAAAUCGAGAAUGUUAUUUUAGGCAGUUUGCACAACUGAGAAGAAGCCAGUGAGACAGAGAAGUAUAGUUAGAGCAAGGGUAAACAAACUUUUCAGCCCUUAUGGCUACAUUGGGUGUCUACUGGAUUGGCAGGGGGUGCCACGUCUGCACAUAACACAUUCACCACUUAUUCCUCCAUCUUGCAUACAUUCUAAUAUUUUUAAAAAACACUUCACUUUAAGACAGGGUGGGCAACUUGCACUGAAUUUCCUUGGGGUUAAAUCUGCAAGGCUGAUCCAUUAUGCACGUACACGCACACAUAUACUCCCCUCAUUUACUUAUUCACUUCACCCGGCUCAAACAUACACACCCCUACUCGCAGCUUUAACCCUUCCUCUGCCACCACCAAAACAAGAAAAAAUGUCCCAGGAACAGGCUAUAAGGUUCUUGCAAUAGAAGCUUCAUCCCAGGACGUUAGGUAUGAGGCCCUUAUUGCAGGAACCGUAGAGUGUUUUUCCUUUUUUCCCAGGCAGUAGCAGAGGCUGGGCAUCUUGGGGCUGUCAGACAGAGCUUGAGAGAUGUGUGCGCACACUCCUAAUGUAGAGUACAGUGCUGAAGGCCAUGAUCCUAAACACAUUUUACUCAGGGAAAAAACCCUUUACCAACAAUGGCAGUGCCAAAUUAUGUGUUUAGGUUUUGGGUGUUUGGGGAAAACAGGCCAUUUCCUCUUACCCUUUGGGACACAUUUCGUUGCAUUUUAUGUGCAGUAAAGAAUGAGGAUCCCCUUAAUUCAGCCAGUAGCAGCUUAGCAGAGCAAUUUUCAAAUGUGACACACAUCAAGCCUAGAUUAAUGUUACUUGAAGCAAUCAUCUUGGGAAGUAAACAUUUCAGCCAUUUGAGUUGGCCAGUCAAGGGGUUUUAGUAGGUUUAAAUACCAUAAAAAUGGUCAAAUUCUGAUGUAUGCACAUACUCGCCAUUCAAGAAAGUUUGAUAAUGUGGGGGUGAGGAAGAGGAGAGAAACUGGAAUCUCUUUCCUCUAUCCUGGAAUGAAAUCUGAGUGCCAGAGAGACUAAUAAUUAGGCUAUGGUCUUGGUCUUCAACAGAAACUAUAGAUACAGCCCUGUUUGAUAGGUUGAAAAUCAUAUUAGCAAACAUUAAACAACAUCCUACACAAGUUGUGUACCAUCGAUCUGGAUAUACAGGCAAUUCUCCCAGCUGGAUUGGGAUAAUAGUGUUGUGUUCAACAUUUUAAACUACUGAAAGUUUAGAGAAAAAAACAUAAUUGGUUGUGGGAAACUCAAGUGUUCAGGCAUAGGCAUUCAGUUGCUGUUAUUUUUAAAAUUUGUUUUCCUUUAAUAUAGUAUUUCAGAAAAUAUAAUUUAUAAUGUACUUUAUAUGGAUUGUACACUUGCUACUGGUACUCGGGCUAGGCUUAAAAAUGAUUUUGCUUGCAGCUGGAAGAGUAAAAUGGAAACACCAGACAUUUUGUAUUUGCUAAAAUUUUAAUCUACUGUGAAAAAUUUGCUUGCAAAAAAUAGCUUAUGGUGAUUUUUUGUAAGAAACAAUAAAGUCUAAGCAUUUUUUUUAAAUAAUAAUAAUGUUUUCAGCUGAUUAUGUGGAUAAUGCUGCUGUUAAAAUCAAGCUGAGCCCUUCUCACAGACCGCAGAUCCUGGACCAAACCCACAAAUAUUUUGGGUUGCUGUGAAUAUACAGGAACAAAUACAUAUUUUAAAAUUU